AUGCAAUUUACAAACGAGGGACAAAAGUCUGGAUGGUUGACAAAGCUUGGAGGAAACUCUCUAAGAAAAACUUGGAAGCGUCGAUGGUUUGAUUUAAGAGGAAGUUAUUUAUAUUAUUAUCGACAACAGAACGACACAGAACCUUCAGGAGUGAUAAAUCUUUCAUUAUUUAACUCAAUAUGCCAAGAUUCGUCCGCCACAAAAAAAUCACAAUAUUGUAUACGUAUCGAAAAGGUUAUACGUGAAUCUGAUUCGAUUAAUUCUAACAUAAGCUAUCGAGAAACAAUUUCCAUAAAAAAAGCAACUUUAUUUCUUGCAUUCGCCGAUAGUGAAAGUGAAAUGCAGGAUUGGAUUACGAUACUUGAAAAACGUUUGGGUGGACGAAAUAUUGUUGAUAUUGUUCUAGAUAGAUUAGAACUUUUUAACGGUAUGGGAAUACAUAGAAGACAAGGAAGUUAUGGUUCAUUGAAUUCGUUUUAUUCCAGGAAUAGCAGCUUUUAUUCUUCAGGUGGUUCGACAUCUGAAUCAACUUUAUCUUCUAGACGUCCAUCUUUGGAUUCUCUCAGCAUAGAUACUCCAUCUUUAGACUCUAGGAGUUCAAUUGAUUCAUUUCAUAAUGGACAAAGUAGUGUUGCUAGUACAACUAUUUCACAAAAACAAUCAUUUUCUCGCCCAGAGACUCCUUCAAGUUUAGUUGAAAGACUUGGAAUAGGACAACCAAUUCUUCGUAAACCUGCUUCACACUCAUGUUUGCAGGAUAGACGUAACGUAAAUGGUCACAAUAGUUCGAAUAAUAGCAAACUUGUUCGUAAACUCUCUCUUACUUUCAAAGAAUCACCAAAUAGAAUUCCGUCAGCUCCACUAAUUAUGGUACAUGGAGAAAACUCGAAAUUUACAUCUUCGCCCGAUGUCGUUUACUUUCCAAAGCAUUGUAACAAAAAGAAAAUAGAGGAAGAUAAAUUAAUUGGAAAUCCGAGUCCACCUUCACCUGCUACUCCAAUUGCGAAUGUAUUUCCGAGCCAUUUAGCAGAUAAUUAA